GGUAGGCGCCGGAUCCCCGCGACCCUGAAAUCCAACGCGUAGUUUGAAUUUCACAUGCGGGAUGGAACUUGAGCCUGAUACACGGACAUCAAAGUACCCUUCGUCAGCACUGCCGAUAAGUAGAUCGGCUACACCUCGUCCAUCUGCCGCUACGCCGCACACAUUUACCGGCUGAAGGGGGAAUGGCUGCCCGGUGUGAACCUGCAGAGAAGAGAGAGCCGUGCGAAGUAAUCUGAACCCGUAUUUAUAGAACCGGGAGCGUUGGAUGAGUCAGUGGCUUCGGCGCCGGAUAUAAACAAUGGAAACGGAUGAAAAAUCACAACCCUGCGCAUUCUGCACCGCCCGAGUCAUGGUGACGCUCGCAGUCGUGGCCACGGUGAUCAUCGGAUCAGUCACAGUGUUUCUUAUCAACAGGCACAACUCAACAGAUCCAGUGCCUGGACCCCCGUUCCCUACAAAUGGAGAUCUUCUGGAUUACCUAAUGAAUUCUGGCGACAUUCAAGAGAAAGAUGGGCUUCUGGUGUCCUGGUAUCAUGCGGCUAACAAAAAAAUGGAGCUGCAGCAGGCUCUAAACAGUACAGCACUGGUCCUUGAAGCCGAUGUGAAUGUAGAAGGCUACAACACAGCCCAAGAGACCGAUAUCCCCAUCAUGGCGCACCCACCAGACGUUUACAGCGAUAACACACUCCAAGAAUGGCUGGACACUGUCCUCAACACUAGGAAAGGCAUUAAGCUGGAUUUUAAAAGCACUGAAUCAAUUGACCCAUCAUUAGACGUUUUACUCAAGAAGUCUUUAAAAGUAAACAUUGACCGGCCAGUCUGGCUGAAUGCAGACAUUCUUCAUGGUCCUAAUGUCCCACAGUUUAUAGAUGUGGUCAAUGCAACCAAGUUUAUAAAUGCCAUCCAGGUGAAGUUUCCCGACGUCACUAUCUCACCAGGAUGGAAGACUCUGUACUUACCCUUUGUGCCAGACAGUGUAUACACACGAGGAAUGAUGGAGAAGAUGUACGAGAUUAUUAAGGAACUUCCUCAGCAAGUCACCUUCCCACUGCAAGCUGUCAUGGUUAAACAAGCCUGGCCACAUGUCAGCUGGUUGCUGAAACAGUCGCCACGGUACAGUUUAACACUGUGGCAAGGAAAUGCGGACCCUGUGACUGUAGAUGACCUGCUAUUCAUAAGAGACAACAGUCAGCCUGAUCAGAUCUAUUAUGAUAUUUAUGAGCCAGUUUUAUCAAUGUUUAAAGAAGUGGCCUUGAAAAAAAAUCGAGCAAGACGAUUUUACACGGGAGGAAAUCUGAUUGACUAUUUCAGACCUCAGAGCUCUGAUGGAUUUUAUAUUGAAUGGUUCCAUAUCAACAACAAGGAGUCACUUGAAUCAAUACUGAAAGGGGAAGAUGGUGGAAUGAUCAUUUUACAAGUUGGAUCAAUGAAAAAUCAUAAAGAAAGAAUUGCAGUAGAAGGCUCAGAGACUCCAUUUCGGCUAGAGGAGUGUUUGGAAAUGAUCCAAUCCUCCUCCAAAAAAUGGGGUAUAUUUUUAAAAAUCAAGUCCCAAAAAGUCUUAAACCUGACCCUUACCCUACUUAAACAUCUCUACCAAAACAACAUGCUUUUCAGGCCUAUCUGGAUAAAUAUGGAUAUUUCUCAUGGAAGAUUUGCCACUCUGGGUUAUAUUGAAGGUGAAAAACUUGUAAACAUAAUUAAUACUAUUUUUCCUUUUGUAACUAUUGCUCCUGGCUGGCCAAAAGAAGUUCUGAAAAAUGGCUAUACAAAGCAGUUAGUAGAAGAUAUGUUAAGAUUAUUUAAAAACGUAUGGCAGGAUGUAUCAUUCCAGUUGGAAGCAGUGCCUUUAGGUAAGACAUGGCUAGAGGCCACAAGGCUGCUGCAAAGUGCAAACCGAUUUUCAGUUACUGUGGAGCACCAACAUGAGCAAGGUGGUUAUUAUGCUGGUUUCAAAGGUUUACUUCUGAGUCGAGAUGAAAAUAAAUCUAGAGUUUUUUAUAACCUGCCAGAAGAUUACAGAAGAAGUUUUUCUAGAGAUAUUUUCACAUCUUAGUACGAAACUAGAUUACUUGGUUCUUUUGACUUUGCCAAAUAAAAAUGUUCCUUUUUUCAAACAGAGUCAUAAAAAACAUCUGGUUGACUGUUUGAAGAUACAACUCUAAUAAAUUUUAUUGAACCUA